AUGCAUUCUUACAACCUCCUCCUCACUGCUCUCGCUGCGACCGCACUUGGAGCGGCAACUCCUUGCCGAUCACCACCCUCUGGAUGUCCUCCAUUCCCAGAUUCGAUGACCGUAUUUUCUGCCGGCUUCCAAGAGCCGCAGCCACCACUUGUCAAGGCAGAGUACCAAGCUCACUUUGUGCAGCACAAGUGGAAUGCGAAUCUGUCCCAUAUCACGGCGGGCUACAUCUACAACUCUCCGUCCCAGGGCUUUGUGCAAGCAGACGAAGCCUACGAGGGACAGCUUGCAUCGUCAUACUUUGACUAUUCCAACGUCACCGACUCGGGCUUGGUGGACAACACGCUGACGGCCUACGACCACAACUCGACUGAGCCGAUCGUCUGGAGGGGAUAUGUCAACUCGAACUACCCGAUUUUCAAGGAGGACAUCCUGAUCGAAGCCGGAGCGGUGUAUGAAGGACUAGUGCAGCGAGACUUCAUCCCCUCGCCAGUUGCCGCUUGGAGCAUCAUGUAUCAGGGUGCGAUCCCAGUGACGGUCUUCGUGGAUGAAUGUGGGGUUGUUGUUGGAUAUGAUUACUUUGCGCCCGGCUUGCGCACCCGAGUUAUCAUGGAGUUCUUUAACAUCCAGGCCAAGUAG